AUGACCUCUGGCGUGCAAAUCCGCAAACUGCCCAAGCUCCUGCCAGCGGACACAAGCGACGCGAAAUGGCUCGAAACUGCUACAAAGUGUCGUGCACUUCGCCUGCAUGCUCUGAAAAGCUCUCCGGAGGCCUUUGCGUCAUCAUACGAAGUCGAAAGUCAGCGAGGGUUAGAAGCAACCUUUGAGCGACUUGGCAACCCGAAGGCAGUCCACUUCCUGGCGGUCCGUAUCCAUGAUAGUGGUCAGAACGGAGCAGGUGGGGCAGAUAACUGGCUUCCAAGCCACAUAGACGAGUUGGUCGGAACGUUGAUCUUGCUCGGGCCGCUUGAAGAAGACGCCUCGUCAGGAUUGACUGCGAGAAGCAGUCCGUUCGCGAAAGCCACUGCUCCUGUCAAGAGCUCCGAGCCUGCUCACCAACCGGCUUUGCAUAGCCUUGAUCGUCUGAGAAUAUCUCACUACCAUCUGAACGGCACGUUCGUCCAUGAGACUUGCAGAGGGGCCGGACUCGGUUUGAGACUUAUUGAGGCGGCCCUGUCUGAGGCAGCGGAUCGGACGCGCAGCGCAGGCUGGCAAACAUACAAGUGCUCCGUUCUCGUCAACCAGGAGAAUGAUGCAGCCCGCAGGUUAUACGAGAAAGCCGGGUUCGCAAUCGCCGGCAGCGAGACGUACUCUCAGCAGCGACGCACGGUAGCGGGGGAACCGCAGAAAGUUGAGCGGGUGGCAUUAAGCAUGGAGCUGACGCGUGAUCUUGAGACUAAAGAAUGA